AUGGAGGCCGAUUGGGAUGAACUGUCGCGCAUUCAGGUGCCACCUCCAAGCCCACAUGGCAUGCCAACGAUUGCGACAGCAAUAGCUUUUGACGAUGUGAUGGAACUGCUGUGGGUAGGGAAUGAAUAUGGCCGAAUCACUUCCUUUUGCGGUCCAGAAUUACAGAGGUAUACCUCCGUCCGGGCACACCCAGUCUCCGAAGGCCCCGUGCGGCAGAUACUUUUUCAUGAUAGAGGCGUGAUAUCAUUGUCUUCGAAGAGUGUUCAUAUGAUAACCCGGCGUGGCCUGACGCAAUGGCACAUUACCCAUGAGGACAUGACGGAUCUACGUUGCAUGAGCUUCACGGCACAAUUGAACAAAGUUAUAGUGGCCGGAUGUCAGAAGGCAAUGUUUACGAUUGAUAUCGAUAAGGGACACAUAGUCGACAAGCUGCCGACGGAAUAUAAUUACACUAUGAUGAAAAAGAGCCGAUAUCUUUGUGCUGCGACAGACACCGGAUCAGUGAACGCCUUGAGUCUCACCGAUUUUCGUGUCGUUAAGUCUUGGAAGGCCCAUGGAACAGCUGUCAAUGAUAUGGAUGCUAGGAAUGACCUUCUGGUCACCUGUGGAUUUUCGGUUAGACAUCUGGGAUCACCCAUCGUCGAUCCCUUGGCCAACGUUUAUGAUCUCAAAACACUGUCACCAUUACCUCCUAUACCUUUUCAUGCCGGCGCUGCAUAUGUGCGCAUGCAUCCUAAGCUGCAUACCACUAGUUUUGUUGCGUCUCAGACCGGUCAGCUACAGGUGGUUGACCUUAUGAACCCUAACGCAAUCAACCUCCGUCAGGCCAAUGUUUCAUUCAUGCUCGGUAUCGAUUUGUCGCCUUCUGGGGAGGCAUUAGCCAUAAACGAUGCAGAGUGUGCAAUACACUUGUGGGGUUCUCCAUCGAAGGUACACUUCAACGAGAUGAGCAAGGAAGUUGAAUUUGCAGAUGUACCUGCCCGACCUCCACCGCUUGACUGGUCUCCUGAUACGCCCCUGAGCAUGAUUGGUAUGCCAUAUUACCACGAGCGCUUGUUUUCUGCAUGGCCUAGCCACCUUGUUUUUGAGAUUGGCAGCCCGCCGGCCCCUAUUGAUCAAGCACUAAUUCCCUACCUCCGUCCCGCGGAGAUUGGGCACUAUGCACCAAACCCGAAGAAGACUAGACGAAAUCAAGUAGAAAAUACUCGCGCAUUGGCCAAUUCUGAACCUGCUCUUAUUGCGCCGAAGUUCUUGAGCGAAAAGGCAAGAGAACAAAGUAAGGCGAAGUCGGAUGGACUCGUUACUGAUGCGGCAGAGACACUUGCGGGAACGAAGCUUAACGGCGAAGCAGAGGACGACCCUCUUCUCAAAUACAGUAAUGUCGAGAUCAAAUACAGCCGGUUUGGUGUCGAUGAUUUCGACUUUAGAUUCUAUAACCAGACCAAAUUCUCUGGUCUAGAGACACACAUUGCAAACUCCUUCACGAAUGCUCUCCUCCAGCUAUUCAAGUUCAUUCCAUUGAUACGAAAUGUAGCUCUCCAGCACGCCGCAAGCGCCUGCAUAUUUGAAAACUGCCUUCUAUGUGAGAUGGGCUAUCUAUUCGAUAUGCUAGAGAAAGCAGACGGUCAGAACUGUCAAGCGACGAAUCUUCUAAAAACUUUCGGCAGUUUUCGGGAAGCCUCCAGUUUAGGGCUGCUGGAAGAGAAUUUGACGAAUAAGUCGUUGUCUACUUCAAUUCAGUCUGUGAACAGAUUCUUUCUUGGCCAAAUUUCUCAUGAUUUUCGCAUGAUCCUCCCGAGCUCAGAUGAUCUCGACCACAAGUUAGCAACCGUUGCUUCCGAGUCUAUUCGCUGCAUGUUUUGCCAGAAGGAAAUCGUCCGACCAGGGAACUCGCUGGUUAAUGAGUUAAUUUAUCCAGCGAUUGAUAUAAAACAGAUCCGUAGGAACCCUGCUUACCGUUUCUCAAACAUUUUGCGGGCAAGCAUUGAGCGCGAGACUCAAAACAGAGGGUGGUGCAAUUACUGCCGACGUUACCAGCAGGUGGCUAUUCGGAAGACAGUACAUCGCAUGCCGCUCGUGAUGAUGCUCAACACUGCACUAAACAAUCCCAUCUACAGACGCCUUUGGGCAAUUCCCGGAUGGUUACCAGAAGCGGUUGGCCUUGUGGUUGAUGCUGGCCAGAUUUUGUGCUUUGAAGGAGAAGACCUUCGAAUGCGGAUGCAGAACAACAUGCCGGGCCUUGUGGUAUAUGAAUUGGUGGGCGUGGUUUCAGAAAUCGAUAUUCCUGAACAUCAGAAAGCUCAUCUAGUCUCAUUUAUCAAUGUGUCCAUUUCCUCACGCGAACCGGAGACUACAAAUAAAUGGCAUCUGUUCAAUGACUUCCUGGUCACGGAGGUAGACAAGGAUGAAGCCCUCCGAUUCAAUCAACCGUGGAAAGUGCCGUGUGUGCUGGCAUAUCAGGUGAAGGAUGCUCGCCACGCCAUGGAUGAUAACUGGAAGAACGUCCUUGACACGACGCUUCUUUACCGCGAUUGGUCACUUAAUGGCGGUCGCUCCGUGGAAUCACUUGCAACUCUUUCAGAGGAAGAGAAACCGACUCCUGGUACCCCUGUUGCCCUCGAUACCGAAUUUGUUGAUCUCGAAAAAGCAGAGAUCGACGUGAAAGCCGAUGGUUCUCAAGAAAUCGUACGACCUAGCAAGAGUGGCCUUGCUCGAGUUUCCGUUCUCAGAGGGUCCGGGACUCGAGAAGGCGUGCCUUUUAUCGAUGAUUAUAUCACUAUCAAAGAGACGAUCGUUGACUAUGUCACUCAAUACUCUGGCAUUAAACCCGGUGACUUGGACCCGAGGACUAGUCAGCACAAUCUUGUCCCACUUAAAGUCGCAUAUAAGAAGUUGUGGCUUCUCCUCAAUUUGGGAUGCGUUUUUGUCGGGCACGGGCUGGCCUCCGAUUUCCGCAAAAUCAAUAUCCAGGUCCCCAAAUGUCAGACAGUCGAUACCCAAUAUCUGUUCUUCCACCCCGGUAAGAAUCGGCGUCUCAGUCUCCGAUACUUAGCCUGGGCUGUGUUCAAAGAAUACAUCCAAGAAGAACCCACCGACAACAACCAAGGGCAUGACUCUAUUGAAGACGCACGUAUGGCCCUUCGUCUUUGGAAGAAGUUCCAGGAGUAUGAAGACGCAGGGGUGGUUUCGCAAAUACUCGAGGAGCUAUUCCGCGAGGGAUCUAAACUAGGAUUCCGACCACCAGCUCGAAACGGCGCUACAGCCGUUCUAUCACGGCCUGGAACUGCAGUGACGAUGCAGAAUAAUAGCGGUAGAAACACCCCCAGCACUCCUGAAGUGACCGCCCCUACUGCCAGUGCGCCCACCACGCCUAGACAGGGUUUCCGACGCUCGGUUGCCCUGACCCCGAGCAAUGGCAGCUUUGCUCCGGGAACAGGAGACUUUUUCGGCGGAAGUCCACUGAAAUAA